AAGUACAAGCCUGAAAUGCAGCCUAAGUACUUAAUUUCCCUGCAAAAAGGAGAGGAAAUAGCGGUAUGCCCGAAGCAGCUGAACAGAGCUGCCAUUCAUCGUGUCGGGAAAGGAGCAGUAGGGCUCAGCUUUCCGGAGCGUAGCGCUGCCGCGUCGUCGUUUACGAAGGACCAGGACAGGGUGUCUGUCUUGGAGGAGCUGGCCUUGGACCAUGGAUCAGACCUGGUGGAUAGCAGCGUUCAGCGGCGACUGGACGCGCAACGGGACAGCAUCCGGCGGGAGAUCCGGCGCGAGCUGAAGAUCAAGGCCGGCGCCGAGAACCUGCGGCGCGUCACCACGGACCGACGCUGCGCCCUGUUGGUGGACGGGCAGCUGCGCAGCUCCCGCCGCCGCCUGGACAGCCUGCAGGCUGAGCUGCAGGAGCUAGAUGCCCACAUCAUGGUGAAGGGCCCAGAGGAGGCGCAUGCGUCUGCAGAUGCCCCCCGCACCCUCCCCACGCCUGGCCCUUCAGCCGAGAGUCGGGACCUCAUCACGGCGCUGGAGCGGCAGCUGAACAUCGAGCUGAAGGUCAAGCAGGGAGCCGAGAACAUGAUCCCUGUCUACACCGGAGGCUCCACCAAGGACAAGAAGUUGCUCCAGGCCACACAGCAGAUGCUGCAGGACAGCAAGACCAAGAUCGACAUCAUCCGCAUGCAGAUCCACAAGGCCAGGCAUGCUAAUGACACGCAAGAGAGAGCAGACCUCUCGGCGGCCGAGAUACGAGUGGACGACCUGUGGCAUCACUACCGCGUGGAGCAUGCCGUGGCCGACGGGGCUAAGAAUGCACUCCGUCUGCUGAGUACUGCCAAGGUCCACGACAAGAAGGCCAUCUCAGAGGCCUGGGGUCAGCUGAGCGAGUCCUCCGAGCGGCUGGACGUCUUGCAUCGGUCUCUGGAGCAGCGGCUGGCCGAGCUUCCUGAGGACGAUCCCAAGGUCCGCCUCAUCUGGGAAGAGUUGGCGCUUUCUACCUCCUCUGCCUUCAGUUCUUGUAAUAGUGCCCCCUCCCUGUACAGCCAGUAUAGGAUGUUCAGCAGGCCCUCUCCGGUUACGGGCUCCCUUCAGGUGCGUCUGCGGGGCUGCACGGGGCUCCAGGAGACGAUGCCAGCACGCAUACGGGGAACAGCAGCACUGCUGCCCAGGGAGGGACACCCUUUCAUGUGCAGCACUAAGAGCCGGAGCAGCUUCAGCAGUAAAGGCCUCAGCAGGGCAGACAUGCUGUCCUCGGAGGUGAGCGCAGUGCUGAAAGUGGAAAACACGGUGGUGGGACAGACGGCCUGGAGGAACGUGGGGGAGCAGGCCUGGGAGCAGACGCUCACGGUGCAGCUGGAGAAGUCCAGGGAGAUGGAGAUCGCCAUCUACUGGCGGGAUGGCCGCUCCCUCUGCGCCCUGAGGUACCUGAAGCUGGAGGAUUUCCUGGACAACAAGAAGCAUGAGGUGCAGCUGGAACUGGAGCCACAGGGGCUGCUUUUGGCUGAGGUGACCUUCUUCAACCCGACCAUCCAGAGAGCUGUGAGACUGCAGAGACAAAAGAAGGUGUUCUCCAAACAGCACAGCAGGGCACUGCUGCAUGCCCGGCAGAUGAACAUGGACGUGACCACGUGGGUGCGGCUGCUGAGGAAUCACAUCCCCGCGAUCAGCCCAUCCGCAUCUUCGCAAAGCUCGCGGGAGAGCUCAGUGCGGAGGACAAGCCUGAGUAGAGAUUUAGCACGGAAGAGUGACAGCAAGCGAGAUCCGGGGGCAAAUACACAGGCCCCUGAAACAGAGCCCCCCGCCUCCCCAGGAAGUACCCCCAUUCGGCCGGGCCGGACUCCCUCCCAGAAUUCCCAGAGCAGGUUCUCACCAUUUCCCAGCAGGAAGCAUAAGAGAAGCGCGCUGCGUCUACAGGACUUCCGGCUGCUCGCAGUGCUGGGGAGGGGGCAUUUUGGCAAGGUUCUGCUGGCAGAAUAUAAGAAGACGGGCAGCGUUUACGCCAUCAAGGCCCUGAAGAAGGGGGAUGUCUUAGCGAGGGACGAGAUUGAGAGCCUGAUGUGCGAGAAGCGGAUAUUCGAGAUGGUCACAGUGUCCCGGCACCCGUUCCUGGUCAACCUGUUUGCGUGUUUCCAGACCCCCGAACACGUGUGCUUUGUCAUGGAGUACACGGCAGGGGGGGAUCUGAUGAUGCACAUCCACACUGAGGUCUUCUCCGAGCCCCGGGCUAUGUUCUACUCCGCUUGUGUGGUCCUUGGCUUCCAGUUCCUCCACCAGCACAAGAUUGUGUACCGAGACCUUAAACUGGACAAUUUGCUGAUGGACAGCGAAGGCUAUGUUAAGAUAGCUGACUUUGGACUCUGUAAAGAAGGAAUGGGUCAUGGAGACAAAACCAGCACGUUCUGUGGCACGCCAGAAUUCCUGGCCCCAGAGAUACUGACAGACACAAGCUACAGCCGGGCUGUGGACUGGUGGGGACUGGGAGUACUGGUGUACGAGAUGCUGGCUGGAGAGUCUCCAUUCCCAGGUGACGAUGAGGAGGAGGUGUUUGACAGGAUUGUUAAUGACGAGGUUCAUUACCCAGAGUUCCUGUCUACUGAAGCCACUGACCUCAUUAAAAAGCUGCUGAGGAAGGAUCCGGAACAUCGGCUCGGUUCAGACAAGACGGAUGCAGAGGAGGUGAAGAAACAGCCCUUCUUUGAAGGGCUGGACUGGGAGGCUCUUCUUCACAGGCGGCUGCGCCCACCGUUUGUUCCCUCCAUCGGUGGUAGGGAGGACGUCAGCAACUUCGAUGCGGAGUUUACAGCUGAAGCACCCACCCUGACGCCUCCCAAGGAGCCACGCUCCCUCUCCCGCAAGGAGCAGAACAUCUUCAGGGACUUCGAUUUUGUUUCAGAUCUCUGCUGACAUCAGUGAGUAUGGGGGUGGGGGGGGGGGGAGCGACUAUCCAAUGGACUCUACCGUAACUGACGGACUUGGAGAACUAAGCCAGGUUGUCAAAGAAGAUUUUCAAUUCAUGGUCCAACUUCUGCAACUGACACACUUGUGUAAUGAAUAGUGAAGUUCUGUUCUACUGUACGUCAUGCUAAGGAAGUGCUUGCAUUUGGCCACUGGGGGGCGCUACAGAAAGGAUGUUCGAAAGCCCAAUUCAGUGUAUUAAAAGAGGUACGUAGGUCUGUGAUUCCUAACUGCAUUCUUUGUGUUUUCUGAUGAUGCCUUUUGUAGCAUCACAUGGUCCUGCUGUCUUGGUCUUAUUCUGCAACCACGGUUGUGAUAAUGAAUGACACAUAAGAACUUUUAGCUUUUUUAUCAAUUGGUACAAGAUAUAUUAAUAAUUGUUACUCAUUUUUAUGCAGUACAAUUAAUUGUGUUUUAUAAUAUUUUAAACAUUUUUUGUCUCUAA